CUUGAUGAAUGAACUAACUUGUAUUCAUAUCUAAAAAGUGUUGAAAUAACUGUGACAACUAAAUGGAGAAGUCUAUUAAAUGAAAAAAGACCUUAAAAAUAGGUUAGUCUUUUAAGGUAAAAUAGAAAUUUUUACAUAAAUUUUCACAAAAAGUAUCAUUCGUGUAGAUAACUCAAUAACUAUAAUAAAUUAAUUCUGGAUUUCAAGGUAUCUCAUUUAUAUCUCUUAAAUAAUUUCUAAUCAUUUAUAACUAAUUUUAAUGAACAACAUAUCCUCUGGAAUAGAAGUAUAGGAUGCCCAAAUCAUCAAUAUUUCUUUAAGGAAAAUUACACUCAGUAUAGCGAUAACAAUAGAAUUGCACUUAUUGGGUAAAAUAGACUAUUAAUUAUGUAGACAUUUAUAAUAAUCGCUUCCGAAUUUAAGCUAAAAAGAAAUAGUCCUCAUGGCUUAAAAGAGCAAAGGAGAAGGAAGUAAAAUAAUGAGAUUAGAGAAUGUUAUUAAUCAUCUAGGGAUUGAGUUUAAAAGGUAAGAUGAAUCAAUUAUUGUAAAUGUAAGUCUCUAUGAAAAACACCACAGUAAAAUUGAGGAUUAGUUUUUCAAUCCCAAUUUAAG